AACAUAGCGGACCGUUUAUGAACCUAAGCGGCCCAGCCGGUGUGUUUUGAGCUAAUACAAAUUAAAUGGGCAGGACAUCGGUAAAAAAAAAUGUCGUCCGUGUUCUGCUUCAGAGAGUUCAUCAACGAACGACUGACUGCUGCUGCUGAGGAAAUAUUAGGAGUCUUUGAAAAAACCGUCGUGGUGUACGAGGAGGAGAUCGACCGUCAGCGUAAACUGCUGGACGUCGUUUUGAAGCCGGUGGUAAAACUACACAAGAAAAAGAUCACACAGUUACCCGUCUGUCACAAGGAGGUUCUCGCUGACCGGCAGCUUUGUGUCCAGGAGAGGAGCUCCAGUCUGGACCGAGAGGACCCAGAUCCUCCUCGGAUUAAGGAGGAACCGGAGGAUCUGCGCACCGGUCAGGAGGGACAGGAGGCCGAUGCGUUAAAGUCGAGGCCUAUUUGUGCGGGAGGGGAUCAGACUCUGCUUUCGGAUCAACCGACCAACAUCUCAGUCACAGCAAUAAAAUCUGAAUCCUACAGAGAGGGUUCCGGUGUAUCGGAACCAAACGAUGACCACGGCCUCCCUCACAAAUCUCACCGACCCAGAAGCCGAGACCAGGACGCCGAUCAGAAACCAGAAGACAAACGCUUCAAAUGUUUAUUUUGCACCGAGGAGUUCCGCGAUUUCUUGAAGCUAAAAGUUCAUGCGAGGUCCCACGCGGGUGAAAAGCACUACAAAUGCGACACUUGCGGGAAAGGGUUCGCCCGGAAGGCCCUAGCGAGGAAGCACAGGGUGACGCACGCGGUGGCGAAGAAGCCCUUCAUGUGCCCGGUGUGCGGGAAGGAGUUCAACUGCCGCUCGAACCGCGUCACUCAUAUGAAGACUCACGCUGGCGAGAAGCCCCAUGCUUGCAUCACUUGCGGGAAGGGAUUCAGCCGGGGGGCGGACCUGAGGAGGCACAACCGCACUCACACAGGGGAGAAACCGUACAGCUGCGUCCACUGCGGGAAGGGGUUCCCCUACCAGUCGUCGCUGAAGAAUCACGUCCGAGUGCACACGGGGGAGAAGCCGUACAAAUGCACUUUGUGCGGGAAAGGGUUCGCCGUGGGCAAUACGCUGAAGAUACACACCCGAGUCCACACAGGGGAAAAGCCGUACACAUGCAACGUGUGCGGGAAGAAUUUCGCUCACGGCACGGGACUGAGGUUACACGGGAGGAUCCACGCACGGGAGAAACUCCAGAGCUUGAAACUCAAAAUUUUGACUCAUUCCUGCAAGCUCCCACUGCAAAAUGUCUGCCAGGAGGAAGAGGAGGUUCUCGCUGACCAGCAGCUCUGUAACCAGGAGAGGAGUUCCAGUCUGGACCCAGAAGACCCGGGUCCUCCACAGGUUAAAGAGGAACCGAAGGAACUCUGCAACGGUCAGGAGGGAGAGCAGCUUCUGCAAAGGCGUUUACAAGUUUUUAGCGUGAACAAGUAUCACAUUUUUAAUUCCGCGAUGUCUUCAGUCCAAGGUAUGAGACGGUUCGUCUGCGACAGAAUGACGGCGGCGGCUCAGGAGAUAUUGGGAGCCUUCGAGAGGAAAAUGGAGAACUACGAAGCAGAAAUCGCCCGUCAACGCAGACUCCUGAAUGCCGUUUUGUCACCCGAGUUAAAGUUACACCGGACAGAUCUCCUACAGAUAUGUGUCCAUAAGGAGGAAGAGGAGGUUCUCCUGAUUCAGCAGCAGCAGUCACAACAGGAUGCGAGUACCAGUUUGGUCCCCCCAGACCCUCCCCCGAUUAAAGAGGAACAUGAGGAAAUGUGCAUUAGCCAGGAACGACAACAGCUUGCACAGCAACAGGAUACAGCAGCCUCUACGUUGCCUCCAUCUUGUGAGGGAAGUGUCCGGUCUCAGCCUUUAGAGCCAGACCAAACUGAAAGCGCAGCAAAUACAGAUUACCAAUCCAGCACCUCAAACAAAGACAUAUUAUCUGGAUCUGACAAGGAGUGUUCUGCAGCAUCAACACCAAGCACUGACCGCCAGCUCAUCUCUCACAACUCUCGUUUGAGAGCUGAGAGACAAGAUAACAUAACUUGUAGCCACAAACGUGCUACGAAAACUAGACGCAUCGAGUCAACACCAAAUAAGAAAAGCAACGACAAGAACACAACAUCAACUACAGGUCCUGAGCAAUCAUCUGAUAAGAAAAGCAACAACGGGAACACAACAUCAGCUACAAGUACCGAGGAAACACCAAAUAAGAAAAUUGAUGAUGAGAACAUAGCAUCAGCUACCGGUACUAAGCAAACAUCUAAUAAGCAAAGCAAUGACGAGCGCACAACAACAAUUAAAGGGCCUGAACAAACAUCUGAUAAGAAAAGCAACAACGGGAACACAUCAGCUACAAGUACCGAGGAAACACCAAAUAAGAAAAGUGAUGAUGAGAACAUAGCAUCAGCUACCAGUACUGAGCAAACAUCUAAUAAGCAAAGCAACGAUGAGCGCACAACAACAACUAAAGGUCCUGAACAAGCAUCUGAUAAGAAAAGCAACAACGGGAACAGAACAUCAGCUACAAGUACAGAGGUAACCCCAAGUAAGAAAAGUGAUGAUGAGAACAUAGCAUCAGCUAGAAGUACUGAGCUAACAACAAAUAAGAAACAUGACAACCCAACAUCAAUUGGAAAUAGUGAGCCAACGCUGAAUAAGAAACAAAAUGAUGAGAACACAACUUCAAGCACAUGUUUUGAGACACCACCAUCAAAUAAGAACACUGAUAAUGAAAAAACAUUAGUAACUAUUACUGAGCCAACACAACAUGGGGAAGGUAACAAUGAGAGCCCAACCUCAAAUGACACACCAACACAAACAGGAAAUAGUAAGUUAACCCUAAAUAAGAACAGCCAAGAUGGGAGGCCAACCUCAACUGGGCGUGUUGAGCCAACGCAAAAUAAGAAAUCUAACAAUGAGAAGACAUCAACUACAAGUACUGAAAAAACACCACAUAAGAAAUGCAACGACGAGGAUGUAACAUCGAAUAGAGAUGCUGAGACAACACUGAAGAAGAAACAUGACAGGAAAAAACCAUCAACCAGAAGCACUCGGCUAACGCCUAGUAAGAAACCUAAUGGUGAGAACACAACAUCAACUAAAAGUACUGAACCGACACCAAAAAGGAAAUACAACAAAAAGACCACAACAUCAACCAUUGGCACCGAGCUAACUCCGAAGGAGAAAUGCGAUGAUGUUGACCCACUAUCAAGCGAAAAUAUUGAGUCAACACCAAAUAAGAAAUGUAAUAAUGAGAAGACAACAUCAGCUGAAACAACGGAUCCAACAGCAGAUAGUGGACCCAAUGAUGGGACAAAAACAGCAACUGCAAGUACUAAACCAGCACCAAACGAGAGACCCAAUGCUGGGAAAACAACUACUGCUGGAGGUAUUGAGCCAACAGAAAAUAUGAUUGGUAACAGUGAGAAAACAUCAGUUAAAAGUACUAAACCGACACCAAAAAGGAAAUGCAACAAAAAGACCACAACAUCAACCAGUGGCACCGAGCUAACUCCGAAGGAGAAAUGCGAUGAUGUUGGCCCAACAUCAAGCGAAAAUAGUGAGUCAACACCAAAUAAGCAAUGUAAUAAUGAGAAGACAACACCAGCUGAAACAACGGAUCCAACAGCAGAUAGUGGACCCAAUGAUGGGACAGAAACAGCAACUGCAAGUACUAAACCAGCAAAUGAGAAACCCAAUGCUGGGAAAACAACUACUGCUGGAGGUAUUGAGCCAACAGAAAAUAUGAUUGGUAACCAUGAGAAAACAUCAGAUACAAGUACUAAACCAACACCAAAAAAGAAAUGCAGCAAAAAGACAACAACAUCAACCAGUGGCACCGAGCUAACUCCGAAGGAGAAAUGCAAUGAUGUUGACCCAACAUCAAGCGAAAAUAGUGAGUCAACACCAAAUAAGAAAUGUAAUAAUGAGAAGACAACACCAGCUGAAACAACGGAUCCAACAGCAGAUAGUGGACUCAAUGAUGGGACAGCAACAGCAACUGCAAGUACUAAACCAGCACCAAACGAGAAACCCAAUGCUGGGAAAACAACUACUGCUGGAGGUAUUGAGCCAACAGAAAAUAUGAUUGGUAACAGUGAGAAAACAUCAGAUACAAGUACUAAACCAACACCAAAAAAGAAAUGCAGCAAAAAGACAACAACAUCAACCAGUGGCACCGAGCUAACUCCGAAGGAGAAAUGCAAUGAUGUUGACCCAACAUCAAGCGAAAAUAUUGAGUCAACACCAAUUGAGAAUUGUAACAAUGAGAAGACAACAUCAGCUGAAACAACGGAUCCAACAGCAGAUAGUAGACCUGGAGGUAUUGAGCCAACAGAAAAUAUUAUUGGUAACAGUGAGAAAACAUCAGAUAAAAGUACUAAACCAACACCAAAAAAGAAAUGCAACAAAAAGACAACAUCAACCAGUGGCACCGAGCUAACUCCGAAGGAGAAAUGUAAUGAUGUUGACCCAACAUCAAGCGAAAAUAUUGAGUCAACACCAAUUGAGAAUUGUAACAAUGAGAAGACAACAUCAGCUGAAACAACGGAUCCAACAGCAGAUAGUGGACCCAAUGAUGGGACAAAAACAGCAACUGCAAGUACUAAACCAGCACCAAACGAGAGACCCAAUGCUGGGAAAACAACUACUGCUGGAGGUAUUGAGCCAACAGAAAAUAUGAUUGGUAACAGUGAGAAAACAUCAGUUAAAAGUACUAAACCAACACCAAAAAGGAAAUGCAACAAAAAGACCACAACAUCAACCAGUGGCACCGAGCUAACUCCGAAGGAGAAAUGCGAUGAUGUUGACCCAACAUCAAGCGAAAAUAUUGAGUCAACACCAAAAAAGAAAUGCAAAGAUGGGAAAGUAACAUCAACUACAAGUAAAAAGGCAACGCCAAAUAAGAGACAUCAUGAUGGGCGUCGAACAUCAACCAGUAGCAAGGAGUCAACACCAAAUAAGAGACAAAACGAUGAGAGCACAACAUCAAAUGUAGGUACUGACCCAACCCCAAGUAAGAGACGCAAGGAUGAAAGGACAUCGUCGACCAGUGCAGCCACAACAUCAACCAGAAGUACAAGGCGAACACAAAGUGAGGAACAUCAAAGUGAAAGCACAACAUCAAACGGAAGAACCGACCAACCGCCAAAUAAGAAAUCAUCAGACAAAAGCAAAGAGGACGAUGACAACCCCUACAAGUGUGACAGGUGCGGCAAAGUGAUGACUAAUUUCAAAAACUACAAAUUCCACAUGAAGUCGCACACCGUUGAGAAGACUUACAAAUGCGACACUUGUGGGAAAAUGUUCCGGGAGAGUUGGGACUUGAAUAAACAUUUAGUGGUUCACUCCGUUGACAAGCCUUUCAAAUGCAAGGUGUGCAGAAAGGGGUUCAACCGGAGGUACAACCUCGACCUGCACCUUCGGGUGCACACGGGGGAAAAGCCGUUCAAGUGCGACACCUGCGACAAAAGCUUCAGCACCUCUGUGAACAUGAAGAAGCACGCGAGAAUUCACACGGGGGAGAAGCCCUACAACUGUGGCGAGUGCGGGAAGGAGUUUGCGGAUUCCUCUUCUUUCAAAAAUCACCAGCGAGUGCAUUCGGGGGAGAAGCCCUUCAAGUGCAACUUAUGCAAGAAGAGAUUUGCCGCCAGGACGACCUUGAAGAGGCACAGCAGGACGCACACGGGUGAAAAGCCAUACCUGUGCGAGGUGUGCGACAAAGUGUUCGGCCACAGAUCAGACCUGAAAGGCCACAUGAGGAUGCACACCGGGGAGAAGCCUUACGAAUGCAGUACAUGCAGCGAAAAGUUCUCCACCUGGACAAAACUCAACAAACACAAGAGGGUGCACACGAGUGAUGGGCAAAGCUCCUCUGCUUAAAAACCCAUCUGCAUUGGAUAUGGCAAACUUCUGAUGAAAGUGAAUGAAUUACUCCUUGUGAUUUGAGUCUUCAUUACAUUUUUCAAGAACAAAUAAGGAAUACACUCCUAUAACAUUGUCGGACUCACAGGCAGAAAAUAUAGAAGUCGAUGCAGCAUAACCACAUAUUUAGUCUAAUCUAUUCCAUGCAUUCUUCUACCUUGUCCAAAUCGGGCGCCUAUAUUACCCACCAUUGCUAGGACAGUUCGGUAAACAGUUUUGGUGUGCUAGUAGUGGCUUAUAACUUAGCCUCAAUCUGCUACCCUCAGAAAAUAAUGAGGAAGGGGCUACAGAUUUUAUUCUUAUACUGUCUUGAUUAGUAGAGUGCCUCUUUUAUAUCUUCUUUUUUAUUCCUCCCUGCAAGUGACAGCCAUGUUGGGAGGCCGUAUGUUUUUGGGUUUUCCGUCCGUCCGUUUCCUUUCCAUAAUCGUGAAGUGUGGGGAAUAUCCUGGAUGGAAUUUUUUCAAAUUUUGCACUCCACUAACGCUCAAGGUUGACCUGAUUUAGCAUUUAGGCGGUCAAAGAUUACUGUGACCUCACAAAACAUCUUUUUGACCAAAAAUCAAGAAUUCUUAUGACAAUUUCACCCAAUUGUCUAAAAGGAUAAAAGGAUGUGUUGACAUUUCCGACAUACAUGAAUGUAAAUUACAACUUGACAGGUUGGGCAAGCAAGGAGCUAAUUCUAGUUUUUAAUUGUUACGUUCUUUAAUGUCGAUAACAUUUUUCUUUUUUUUUUCUUUUGAAUUUGGGGCUCUGUAGGACGAUUUGGUCGUCCUUUAACCACCAGGUCGGCGGUUCGAUCCCCGGCUCCUCCUGUCUGAAUAUUUGAAAUGUCCUUGAGCGAGGCACUGAACCCCAAGUUACUCCCUGGGUGCUUUACAGCAGCCUGUAGUGCUUUUAAAAUAAACUCAAAAUGAAUAUUGUAUUUCAUCAUUGUAAUUUAAGAAGGCUUCGGUUCAAUUUAUUUUAAGUUUGUCUGGUAUUUACCAAAAGUAUGAUUAGUGAAUAGUCUUUCUUAGAUCUGGAAGUUUGUUGCCUUUUUCCAGAAGCAGUCUUUCAUCUCGUUUUCUUAAGCUAUUUAUUGUAUAUACUGUUAUACAGAGUUGUCAAUCAUCUGUUUAUAUUUUUUAAAACUGGGGUUUUGGUUUUAGUGACGCAUCAGAAAAAAAAACAUUGCCUCUAUGUUGCCUAAAGGCCUUAAUGAUUUGACUUGUAUGUAAUGACUUUGUUUUUAAAAGUUUUGCCUAUUUCUCUCAUCUACAUCACUGCACAAUUGAUCUGUAAAACACACUACGUCAAUGUAUUGUUGAUGUUUUUACUUCAUAAAAUUUGAAUAAAUGUAAUUUACUUUAUUACCUUAAAUGGCUGUAAUGUUAAUGCUUGAAAAAUGGAGUUUUU